CCAGCCCCGCGGCCGCCGAGCGAACCUGGCUCCGCGCGACACUGCGUGCGCGCGCACGCGGGCAGGCCGCGGCGCGCUUUACGGCGGCAGCGUGAGUGCGUGACGCUCGCGCGUGGUCUCUGUUCGCACGUGGCGCCUGCGGAGGCGCUUGUGGCUGUGAGCGCUGGUGCAACAGCGGGCGCAGCCCUUCCGACUUACAGUAUGAAGCGGCCGAAGUUAAAGAAAGCAAGUAAACGCAUGACCUGCCAUAAGCGGUAUAAAAUCCAAAAAAAGGUUCGAGAACACCAUAGAAAAUUGAGGAAAGAGGCUAAAAAACGGGGUCGAAAGAAGCCUAGGAAAGACCCGGGAGUUCCAAACAGUGCUCCUUUUAAGGAGGCUCUUCUUCGGGAAGCUGAGCUAAGGAAACAGCGGCUUGAAGAACUGAAACAGCAGCAGAAACUUGACAGGCAGAAGGAACAGGACAAGAAAAGAAGACUUGGAACUGACCCUGCUGUUGAGCUAUGUAACAUGGAACCUGUGAAAGAGGAAUUUGGGCAAUGCAAAGCUAAGAAAGCCAAGUCAAGCAAACAGAAUCCGAAGAGGCUGUAUUGUCAGGAACUUAAAAAGGUGAUUGAAGCCUCAGAUGUUGUGCUGGAGGUGUUGGAUGCCAGAGAUCCUCUUGGUUGCCGGUGUCCCCAGGUAGAAGAAGCCAUUGUCAAGGGUGGACAGAAAAAGCUGGUACUUGUAUUAAAUAAAUCAGAUUUGGUACCAAAGGAGAAUUUGGAGAACUGGCUAAGUUAUUUGACAAAGGAAUUGCCAACAGUGGUGUUCAAAGCCUCAACAAAUCUGAAGGACAAAGGGAAGAGAAUCAAGGUAAAGAAGAAAGCUGCUCCAUUCAAAAGUGAAGUCUGUGUUGGAAAAGAAGGCCUUUGGAAGCUUCUUGAAGGUUUUCAGGAGACUUACGGCAAAGCCAUUCACGUUGGGGUAAUUGGUUUCCCAAAUGUGGGGAAAAGCAGCAUCAUCAAUAGCUUAAAACAAGAACGGAUAUGCAAUGUUGGUGUAUCCAUGGGACUUACAAGUUACCAUCUUUCUUGUCUCAGGUACAUGCAGGUUGUCCCCUUGGACAAACAAAUCACAAUCAUAGAUAGUCCAAGUUUCAUCGUGUCUCCACUUAACUCUGCUAUUGCACUCGCUCUGAGAAGUCCAGCAAGUAUUGAGGUAGUAAAACCAAUGGAGGCUGCUAGCGCCAUUCUGUCCCAUGCUGAUGCUCGACAGGUAGUACUGAAAUUUACUGUCCCAGACUUUAAGAAUUCUCUGGAAUUUUUUACUUCACUUGCUCAGAGAAGAGGACUGCACCAAAAAGGUGGAAGCCCAAAUGUAGAAGGUGCUGCCAAACUGCUGUGGUCUGAGUGGACAGGUGCCUCCUUAGGUUACUUUUGCCAUCCCCCUACAUCCUGGACUCCUCCACAUUUUAAUGAGAGCAUUGUGACAGACAUGAAAUGGGGCUUUAAUCUGGAAGAACUGGAAAAGAACAAUGCACACAGCAUACAAGCCAUCAGGGGCCCUCGUUUAGCCAGUAGCAUCCUUUUCCAGUCAUCGGGUCUGACAAAUGGAGUGAUAGAGGAAAAGGACAUACCUGAAGAAUUGCCGAAACAGAAAGAACGGAAGCAGGAGGAGGGGGGGGACUAUGAAGAUGUCAACACUGACCAGGAAUGUGUUGACGAAGAAGGUGAUGUAAACAUGUCCCCUGAAGAAGAGGCCUGCGAGGCACUGCCUGAGGACUGUCAAUCAGAUAAGCAGUCUGCACCAUCUUUCAUCUUGGAUAAAAUGACUGAAGAGGAAGAUGAUGCUUAUGAUUUCAGUACAGAUUAUGUAUAAUAGAACUUUGUCCUUAUAUAAUGGUGUUUUGUUGUUGGUUUUUAACAUUGUGAGCAGACUGCUAAGCUGUUCUCUGCGUGUGAUGUACCAGUUUGUUACAGUAUGACAUAAGCUGUGUAAAUUUUGUGAA